UACAACUCGUCGAGGUUGGCGGCGGCGCCAUUUUGAAUUGGCGGAGGGUCGGAGGUGGUGGUUGCUGAACCGGGCUCCGCGUCCUCCAAGAAAAGCACCGAGAAAGGGACGAGGUCUGAAUAUGGCAGCGAAUAGGAACUUGAAGCAAGUGCGGAUCGAGAAUAGCUCCCCAGCGGCGCCGCUGGGCAUGGUGGGGGGGGGCGGCGGCAACCUGAAGGGAUUGCGGGGCCUAGAAACGGAGAGUGAGGCAGCGGCGGCCAUGGCGCUAGUGCCGAGCAAAGAAGGUGGCGAUGAAGAGCAGGAGGUUGGGUUCACCAUCGAUAUCAAAAGCUUUCUCAAACCUGGCGAGAAGAGCUACACGCAGCGCUGCCGGCUGUUCGUGGGGAAUCUGCCUACUGAUAUCACCGAGGAAGAUUUCAAGCGCCUCUUCGAGCGCUACGGGGAGCCUAGCGAGGUUUUCAUCAAUCGGGACCGUGGUUUUGGCUUCAUUCGUCUGGAAUCAAGGACACUGGCUGAAAUAGCAAAGGCAGAACUUGAUGGUACUAUUUUGAAGAGCAGACCACUUCGAAUUCGAUUUGCUACACAUGGAGCUGCCCUAACGGUCAAGAAUCUUUCACCGGUGGUUUCUAAUGAGCUGCUGGAACAAGCAUUCUCUCAAUUCGGGCCAGUGGAAAGAGCCGUUGUUGUAGUAGAUGAUCGGGGCAGAGCUACAGGAAAAGGUUUCGUAGAGUUUGCAGCAAAACCUCCAGCACGGAAAGCUCUAGAAAGAUGCAGUGAUGGGGCAUUCUUGCUAACAACAACACCUCGACCUGUUGUUGUAGAACCAAUGGAGCAAUUUGAUGAUGAAGAUGGGCUCCCAGAGAAGCUAAUGCAAAAAACACAACAGUAUCACAAGGAAAGAGAGCAGCCUCCACGUUUUGCUCAGCCUGGAACAUUUGAGUUUGAGUAUGCUUCACGGUGGAAGGCUCUUGAUGAGAUGGAAAAGCAACAGCGUGAACAGGUUGACAGGAACAUUAGAGAAGCCAAAGAGAAACUAGAGGCAGAAAUGGAAGCAGCUAGACAUGAGCAUCAGCUAAUGCUGAUGAGGCAAGAUCUCAUGCGACGUCAAGAAGAAUUGAGGCGUUUGGAAGAACUUCGAAAUCAAGAACUUCAAAAACGCAAGCAGAUACAAUUGAGACAUGAAGAAGAACAUCGGCGACGUGAAGAAGAGAUGCUACGCCAGAGGGAACAGGAGGAAUUGCGACGACAGCAGGAGGGAGGAUUCAAGCCAAAUUUCAUGGACAACAGAGAACAGGAAAUGAGAAUGGGUGAUAUGGGUCCUCGUGGAGCAAUAAACAUGGGAGAUGCGUUUAGCCCAGCACCUGCUGGUAACCAAGGCCCUCCUCCAAUGAUGGGUAUGAAUAUGAACAACAGAGGAACUUUACCUGGCCCUGCAAUGGGUCCUGGUCCUUCCAUGGGACCAGAAGGAGCUGCAAAUAUGGGAACACCAAUGAUGCCAGAUAAUGGAACAGUGCAUAAUGAGAGAUUCCCUCAAGGAGGUCCAUCACAGAUGGGUUCACCUCUGGUUAGUAGAACGGGCUCUGAAACUCCUCAGCCGCCAAUGAGUGGUGUAGGUGCCGUGAGUGGUGGACCUGGUGGCUUUGGUAGAGGAAACCCAGGGGGCAACUUUGAAGGACCUAACAAGCGUCGCAGAUACUAAAACUUAUUUCAUUCCUUACUGUUUAGAAAUUCCAGUAAAACUAUACAGUGAUAUGCCUUUAUAAUUUUAGCUGUUAUCUGGAAACGGUUUUAUUGUUAUUGUAGUCUUUAAAACAGUUUAUUUUGUAAAACUUCUUUUGUAUUCAGUCAUAGGCUUUGUAGUAUAGAGCAGAAACGAUGCGGAUCAUUAUGUAAGGCAAUGUGUUUGUGACUAGCAAAAUACAAUGUGUGACUAUGCUGUAAAACGUGCAGUUAUCUGAUUACAAUAAAAUAUAAAAAUCACUUGAAAGGAUUUUGGGAAUGUUAUUACUAAUGUUGGGUGAAAAUAAUUUUAUGCUUAAUUAUAAGUGGCAUCAUUCUCAUUCUUAUGUAGUUUCUACUAUGUGUCAAGAAAGUCCCAUUAAUAGUGAAUGUUUAGCAAAACUGCAUGUUGCAGUACAUACUAUGAACAAUUUAUAACACAACUUUUGUUUGUUUUGACUUCUGAAGAACAUCAAACUUUAUACAAAGUGUUCUCAAGGAUACUGUGUUCUUGCAUCUCAGUCUCCCUUUGCAAACUUAGUCACCACAGGCUUAUCAGCAGAGUAUCUCUCACUCAUAUUACUGGAAAAUUUAACUUGGGGGGGAAAAAAACUUUGGAAAAGGAAUCUGUAUGUAUGCUUUAUUCAUAACAGUAUGAAUGAAUUUGCCUAAAUCCUACUUCUACAGAAGAAAAAUUAAGACAUCUGUGUGUUCUUCUGAUCAUUAAAGUAUGUUGCUGUUGCAAGGAAGGAGACACUUGUGCAAGCUGGUUUAAUGCCUUCCACUGCCUAAUGCAUCAUUAUAUGUUACCCCCAGUGGUUGGUUUGAAUAGAAACAAGUCUGUUAUCAAUGAUUAAUUGUUUAAUUCGGAGGCAAAUAUAUGUUUUCCAGUUAAAAUAAUUGUUCACUUAGGGUAAUAUGCAUUUAGAAAGAUUGCACACGACUGCUGAUAAAUAUUUUACAGAAUGAUGAAUUUGAAAAAUACCCAUUUCCAACACAACUCAGGCUAGAUUUGCUGAUUGUGUCUUAGAGAUAAAACAUGAUAAAAGCUAUUAGGAAGCUGCUUAUGAUAUGGAUUUUCAGUCAUGGAAGAUGAUGGAAAAGACCUAUUGGUUCUAUUCCUGCAGUGGCAAGAAAGUAGGGAUAUUUUUUGUUACUGUUGCUUUUUUCUUGUGCAAAAUAGUUGUAAAAUAUCAGUGUUCUAUCGGUUCACUUAUGUUUUCAGAAAUAGAAAUUAAUGAAAUUUAUCUGCAUGAAUAGUGAUACUAAGUUGAUUAAAAAAGUUUGAGAUAACAUGCCCUAAUUAUAUCAAAAUGAUAUGUAUGUAGCUUAAAGCAUGGGAUGCAAGCAGCAGAGAGAGCAUGUACGUGUUACUACUUAAUAUAGCAGUUAUGGCCUUGGUGAAUUGAAUUAUGAGCAAAUGGGUAACAGGAAAACUGUGGCAUUGAUGGCAUUUUGGAAGUAAGUUUAUUUAAAUUGCCAGUGUUAUAUGGCUUAAAACAGAGAUUGUUUUGAUACAAUUCAGGAGUUAUCACGUGGGUAGGUUCUCACUUGUGUCAUGUGCAACUACUAAGCAUUUUCAUCUAGACUGUGUUUCAUGUUGCCCUUUUGUGCUUGACCUGAGAUACAUGCCACACUUUAUUGUUUGCAGUGCAAUAGUGAGUUAGGUUUAAAGUCUGAAUUACUCUUUCCCUUACUUAUAUGUAUCACGUUACAGCACUUAUUCUUCCAAAAAAACCCCUGUAACUGGUUUUAUGUAGCACACUAUUCCUAAAACUCAACAUUUGGGCAAAUUACUGUUUUUUCACAAGGGUCUAAACUAGUGUUUACAUGUAGUAACUACUUAAGCUCUCUGCUUUGGUAUACUGCAUUUAGUGGAAAAUGCAGUUUACAUUGGUGUCUAGUUGUGUCUAAAUAUUAAAUUACUUCUGUCUCAUCUUUUUUGCCCUUACACAUGAUGGUUUUUAUGGGGAUUGAGAAAGUACUGGUGUGAGUUGGUAAUUCCAGACUGUAAAGAUAUGUGGAACAUGUUUUAAGCAUUACUUGAACUAGAUUCAAGAGGUCUCUUCAGUUUUUCAAAGGAAAAGGCUGUGUCAUUCAGGUGUUGUGAUUAACUCCUGUAUUUGUUUAGAUAUAUACACACCCUCAUCCUUGUAGUAUCUGAGUAUGUUUCAGAAGUACAUUAAAGAUUACCAAAUCUGCAGAAAAUGGUUCAUUCUUUCCUUGCCAGCCUCGUGCUAUUUCAAGUGCGUGUUUACUGCACUGCAUUUUUGCCAGCAAGCAGAGGUAUGUAUGUAUUUGAAAGUUGUAGAGUAAUAUUAAGUAAUAUUAAUUAUUUUCAUUCCAUAGUUGUGAGCUGCCCUUCCCGUAAAACUGACUUGAAUGGCUCUGCUGCCAUGGUAGCAGUGGAUUUUUCUGCUGUCCUUAUUGCAGAAAAUCAUCUAAUCAUAGAAUACCAGGUUGGAAGGGACCUCAAGGAUCAUCUGGUCCAACCUAUCUCUCAUUUUAAAUAUCAGUGAACUGAGCCUUUAAAUCCUAAAAAAUAAAUACAGAAAUGUUGAAUUUGGGUACUCUUUAAAGAUGAAGAAUGCCUUUGGUAGCUGAUGACAGGCUGACAAAUUCUGCUCUUAAUAAAAGCUUUCUUAGGGCUGCCUGGCCAUGUUGAUUGUCUACAGCUCCACUGUAAAGAGAGUGGUUUUUAUUUUGCCAUAUGUGGUAGUAACUGACUAGCUAUAUGAUAAUUUUGUUAAGAAUGGUCCCAAUUUGUUUCCUAAAAAUGGUAUGUAGAUGUGGCCAAGCAGUCUUUUUGCUUGAAGGUGCCUGUGUGCUGGAAGUGGUUAAUUUUUCUUGUUCCUCAUCUGUCCAAUCAGUAUCAUUUUUUUUGUGUACACACGUACUUAAGUUUUUAACUAUGUUUGGUUUGUUUGACUAGAAAGCACUAUUAAGUCUUGACUCUCUUUCUUUGCUCUAUGGUGUGGUAAAUAAAAUAAGCCUGGAGAGGAUAUGAAAUUGACUACAGUGCACUUUUGGUUGUACUGGCUGAGUUUUUACAUUAUUCCUGAGACUUCAGUCUAAACUGCUUAGUUUUCAUGUGAGAUACAAUUUUAAUUUUAAAUAUAGCAAAGCUUUACUAUGCCAUUUAAGUAAAAGAAACACCACCACCAGAAUCCAGCUAGUCUAACUGCAUUUGCAUUUAUCACCUCACUCAUUUGAAGGGGAGCUAUUGGGCACUUAAAAUAAAUAGAAAUAAUUUUGAUUGUGAGUUAGUUUAUUUGUAGUUCUGUCCAGUGUGCUCAUUAGAUAAAGCACAUUGAUAUUUUGGGAAACUUGGUGGUGAUUCAAGUAUACUUAACUGUAUUUAUUUCCUAAGAAAAAUACAAAUUACUAUGGAUUACCUGGAAAAAUUUCUGACCUUAAGUUGUUUUAUGUAUUGUCUACAUCUUUUUUAUCCAAUUGGACAUAAAGAUAUGAUGAACUGGAGACUCUUAUUAGAACAAAAGAUUAAAAUAGAUGGGAAGAAAACAAUAUGAACUGUUAGAUUAAUUUAAUUUUAAACAUAAUCCAAUAGGAUUUUAUAGUAUGCAUUCUUUGAGGACCAUUCUGAUUUAAUGUAUACUGUCAUUUAAAAAUGUUAUACCAAACUAAUUUUUUCCCUUUUCCACUUUUGAUUUCAAAUUCCUUUUAAACUUGAAAAAUAGAAAAUCUGUAAUUACAAAUUCCAUUGAAAGGUACUAAAUACAAAUGCAUUGACUUUUGUGAAGUACUUAUUGUUAAACAGUCACAGUCUGCCUUGAGAUAACUUGGCUAAAAAAUGAAGAAAUAACCAGUCUAAAGGAAGAUUCUCAUGUGAAAAACAAUACCCUGUAAGCCUUUUGAAGGGAGAAUAUGCUUUGAGGUGAGAUGUUCAGCAAGAGUGGCGUGCUCUGGUGGCAUGAAGCUGAUUUUACUUAAGCAUGUUGUGGAAACUAAUUUUUUGGCAUAUUUCUGAAUACAUAUAUUUUUUUAUAUAAUAAGUUGGACCAUAAUUCUUCCCUUCUCAAUGAAGACAAGUCAAAAUAAAUGGUAAUUGAACUAUUAAAAUGGAAGGGAAUACUGGGUAGAAACUGAUGGGAUAAGUUUACAUUGGACCACAAUUGUGAAUGGAUUCUCAGUCCCAUUCCUGAGGCUUGAAGUGGUGCAUAUUCAUAUGUGGUUUCACAGAGUCUGCAUCCAGCAUCUCUUGCUAGGUUGUGCCUGGGGCAAAGACUGGAGGACUUGAGAGAGCACAUAUCUCAAAUGCUAUUUAAUUAACUUCUCAGGAGCUCUGGAUUUAUUAAUUUGGGCACUGCACUGUCAUUAAGAUGCAGAACUGUCUUGGGAUUUGGUGCUUUCCUUGUGCUGCCAGCUGGUAUGAUGAAAUACCAGUCCAAAUUUCCCCAGUUCGUUAAUAGUGAGGAGGGAGGGAGUAUGGCCUGUGGAAAAUACAGAGGCUGGACAUUACUCCUUUAGAUUAUUGGUUAGUCAGUGCUAGUUUAGUGGCAAACCUUGAACUGUAUUAUCCUUAAAGCAUUUGCUUUCUUAAAAAUCCAUUUAAUUAAAUGUGAGAUGUUAAUAGAAGGGUUGAGUAAAAACUUUCAAUAUUUAAUGUGAGGUAUAAUUUUUCCUGUUGGAUUGGCUUUUGGUAUAUCCUUCUGGGUUAUACCAUAAAAUAUACUUGUUCUUAGUAGGUAGUCUCACCAAUUUGAUGUUUUGUUAUGAAAUCUGUUAAUAGUUUUGAAUUUCCCCUCAUAAAAUAUUUUAAAAAUCAUAGCUGUAGGCUUUUCAGGUUUGUUUUCACAGUAAUCCAUGAAAUACUGGUUUAUCAAAAUUAAGUUAUGUAUGUCUAAUGUAAAUUGUGAAAUAGAUAAACUGAACAUUAAAUUUUCAUGAGAGCAAUACUUUUGAUGAUUUUAAAUGCAUGGAAACAAGCCCUCAGUGUGUUCGUUUUCGGUGGGAUAGAUUUAAUAGGUCUUUUCCAUCUUGAACUUCCUUAACCUAUUAUAAAAGUUACUAUAAUUGAAAUUUGGAGGUAUUCAGAUUAAUGACCUCAGCCUGACUUUAAAAGCAGUAAAAGAUGGAUUUCUUCAGAAAAGCAGUUUAGAACAACCACCAUUUGUUCCUAAUUGAGGUAACUAUUCAGAAAAGCUUAAAUUCAGAGAUACUUGUAGCAUAUUUAUAGGUAAACCUGUUUUGAUAUAAUGAUUAUUUUAUACCCAGAUCAUAAUGAAAGGAAAAAAAAAAAUUUGUAAACGUGGGUAAAAACUUACUGAUUUGUAUGUAGUCCCUCAAUAGAGAACAAAAUGCUCAUAGUAAGAGGUAUGACAUUCAAAAGGAACGUAACUGUUACUGCAUAAAUGUGUUGAUAAGGUUUUUCUAUUUGUUUUGGUAAACAGUUUGUCUAGAGCUUCUGUUGUUCCUAGUUCUACUUGUGUGCUUUUAUAUCUUAAUUUCUGUAGAGUAAAGCAUAGCUGUAUGAAUUUACAUGCUAAUUGUAUGCGGGAUGUUAAGUGCUUGACUUGAAGUGCAGCGAGAAUAAAGAUAUUCUUGCCUUAAUUUCUCACUAAAAGAAUUUUCAUAGAACCUUGAACAGGAAUAAGUGUGAAGGGUCCUGUAUGUAAAUGGAAAAAAUGUGGGAAAGGGGGAAUAAAGUAACAUAAUAAAGCAUAUUCCUCUCAUUUUUAAUUUUGUAUCUACAGGAAUUCACAAAAAUAACUUAAAAGCUUGUUAUACAUGAAAACCACAAACUAACUAAUUUUUAAUGGAAAAGAUGGAAACACCAGUUACAUU